AUGUUCGCUGGUGGAACAGGGAUAACACCGAUGUACCAACUUCUACAAGCUAUCGCAGCUGAUCCUGAGGACACUACCACUGAACUGCGGGCUAUGGAGAAGGCGAGCAUGGGAAGGCUUAGCAUCAGCUUCUAUGUUGAUGAGGUAACCCCUAUUGGACCCAGAAAGCGGAAAGGUAGGACCAAGACUGGACUCGUUCAGGGCCCCGCGUCAGAAGGAGUCUACGAGGGUGUAUUGACUCAAAAUGUUGUGGAAAGGAUCAUAUCGAGUAUUGACCCGACUGCAAUGGUGUUGGGCUGUGGACCACCAGGCAUGAUGGACGAUGUAUUGCUGCCGGCCAUGAAGGCUUCCGGUGCAACUACUGUUAAACGGGGAUACAUAUUCUGA